AUGACGGAAAAGCUGCCGCUCCAGUCGUUCGUCAACCUCAUCCUAGAGCCCUUCCGCGAUGGCACCACUAACUGUAAGUUUGUUGAUAGUUGGAGGGAAAAUAAGGUGGUACCUAUUCCUAAGCCAGACGGUCGCGCCAGACCAAUUACUGUUGUGCCUUUUCACCUGGGGCACCAGGAGAAGGCACAAUGCGAGCUCUUUGCCGCAUUUGUCGAGCAUUAUGGGCUUGUACCACGUGAACAAUUUGGUUUUCGACGCAGUAGAAGCUGCGGUGGUGCAGCCUUUGCCGCCAAAUUCGCCAUCGACUCGCUUUCAGGGGAUUUGGACGAUGAUGGUAAGUCAUUGACCUACCCUGCUUGGGCAAUGGUCAGUUGUGAUGCCAAAAACGCCUUCGGAGUUAUUCCACAUGAUAAAUUAUUACUUGCGUUGAGCGGAAUAGUCUCCGAGGCGUUUUUGGCAUACAUCAAAGAAUUCCUCCCCCGGAGUUUUAGAGCGGUUAUGAACGGGUUUGUCAGCGACAAAAAGGUCUUACCCCCUUGGGGCCUUCCACAAGGCUCAAGUUUAAGCCCUGUCUUUUACAUCUACUACUGCUCGAUCCUCAAUAACAAAAUGAUUAUAGAUCCAAUUGAUGAGGAGGCGCAGGAAAUGGAUGCUGAAAUCGACUCACAAGUCGCUGAAGAAGGUUGCAAACCUACCUCUCACCAGCUGCUUGGCCUAGCGCUAAGCUCAGGUGAGCAAAAAGUCAAAAUGGGUACAAGGCUGUGCCCGCACGGCAUCAGUACUCAUGUUGGCUUAUCAGUUUCAUUCGCAGAUGAUUACAUUGCUAUAGUUGGUGGAUUCACGAGAGCCGCCACGUUCCGAGCAAUCAAAACCUCCAGCAACAAUGUACUCUGCGAACUGCAAAGAAGCGGAAUCCGCACUGCACCCCACAAAUCCAGCUUGGUCAUGUUCUGCACAUAUAUCGGUGCGCAGAGGCUGAUGGCAAUGAAACUUCGAAUUCCACCUAUAUUCGUGGAUGAAAUCGCUCUCUAUUCUCCAUCAUCGCGAACCAUUUCCCUGUGGCCGGUUUUCGUCCUUCGCAGUCCUAUCUUCACGGAAUUACUCCAAGGAAAGAAUAUAAUCCCGUCCGGCAUGAUCGACUCUCCAGAAAGGUCUACUGCAUCGAUCAGGAGCUUCGCUUCAACAGACCAAAGAGAGCUUCAUCUUUACGCGGGCGCCUUCCCGAACUUCUUCUCCUCGGAGUUCGACGUAGCCGAAUGGAUUGCAGGCAAACCUUUGCUAGCAGACGUGAUCGAUGAGGCACCGCUUGAACUCGUCGACGAGUGGUACAAUAUCUGGCGCUCGGGUAAGCUGCUCAAGCUGAAAAAUGCCAACAACGGUCGUCCGCUGGGCGAUGCUGAUGCGACAGCUCUAAUUGCAAGCAUGCUUGCGAACCAGAAGGAAGGUCCGGUACCUACCUUCGACCGCCGGCUUGCGAAGAUCGCUGGAAGACUUGUCACUGCGACUUAUGAUGCCGACUUUGGUUGCCAACUCAUUGACUUUGCCCUCCAAUCGAAUGAUUUCCGCUUUGUCGACAGUCUCGACGCGUUGUGGAGAUCAAACGGCAUUAGCUGGAAGACAACUGAAGCUGUACUGAGCCGACCACUCGGCUGGCUCUGCCUCGACUCAAUCAACAAAGCCAACCUAAUUGAACAGGCAACCUCCCUGGUAACGCCGCUGUCUAGUCAAGCCAUCGAAGCCCUAAUGCGCAUUACCUGUCAGCCGACAGUGUACGAGAUGAUCAAAGCGCGAGACCUCAUGGCGUCGUCGCUCUGGGAGGAAGGCUUAUCCGAAAUGCAUCAAUUUCUCGCCAAUCCGCAAAACUUCACCGAGGAGUCGCGAAUUGAGCGUUUAGCGGCCUUCACAAAUUUCAACGAAGAUACCCUCAAAGUAGUCUCAGAUGUCUUUGAAGCUAACAUCGGGAUGUCAGCUGUGGACUUCUUCGAUGAAGCCAUAGUCUGGGCUACCAGAAAUUUCUGUCAGUGUGGAAAGGUGAUCAACUCGCACGAAGCAACUAAUGGAGACGACUUGGCUGAAGCAGCCUUCAUGGCCAAAAUGUGGGCGAUGGAGGUUUUCCAGAUCUCGUAUGACAUCGAAAAGAAGGACAAAGAAUUCGACCACAGAGUCUUCCACAGAAUCGCCGCUAGACGUGAGUUUAAAAAUGCCCACCUCAGCUGCUUCUCUUACUACAUCACUCGUGGCCUGGGACUAGUUGGUUGCUUCGGUUCGAUUAUGAAGUGGUCGACCGAAAUUAUAGUUAAACAUAUGUUUAUUACCUACUUUACUAAAGCCCAGGCAAUUCUCUCUGAAAAACCUUUCGGCAACUUCUCCAAAUGGGCAGCAAUUGCCACACUCCGUUUCUCAACACCGUUCUACGGUUCACCAUCUUCAACCGGAUUAAUUUCGCACACGGUUGAGGAAUUGGCUGAAUUGGGAGAGGGCGAGUUACUUGAAUGGCUCACCAGUAAUAUCCAAGGCUUGACCGUUCUGGUUACUAAUCGGUCCUCGAACGGUCCAACAGUGCUCAAUAACUGCGCUUUCCCAACUAGCCCCACUUUCUCGUCUUUAGUUAUCUACAAUAAUGCCAAAAAUCUGAUUACGAGGUGGAUCUUUAUAUACAAGCUCCAAAGUCCUCCGAGCCUAAUGGCCUGGGGAAAGGUCGAUUCCCGCGUUCAGACAUGUGAGCUUUUCUCAUAUCGCCAUGAACACCCACGAGUUCUUCCCGGUACCUUCGGAGGUCGCUGA